AUGCAGCAAGAAGUACCAGGUCAACAAACCGGGGUAACAGUGGAUUUCGAUAGAUACCCGAACGCUCAACAGCUUCUCAAGCGCUGUCAAGACUUCUUCGCCGAGGUUGAGAACUUGACUCCUGGUCGAGAUCUUGAAGUGUAUCUCAACGAAAACUACGGUCCAGGCAACGGAGUUUAUGAGGACUUGUGCUCAUUGACACGGAAAGGGGUUGAAGAAGGAUGGGCAGCAGACGUCGAAAUCAGCGGGCCUAACUAUCGACGUUCAAAGCUUGCUGUUCCCAGUGAAGCCACACGUUUCUUUAGCAUAACGACAGUCUACUUCAACUCGCAAGAAGAGUUCUCUGGGCAACACCACUCACACCCGUACGGUGAGAUCAACUGUGUUGUGCAGAUUGAUCCAACGGCGGAGCUGAAGGGGAUGCAAGGCUGGAAGACUGCGUGGACAUCGCCCGGUCCAGGCACGCAUCAUUACCCCCAAUCUCGUGGAGGGGCCGUGGUUGCGCUGUUUUUCCUGCCCGCAGGUCGGAUUAGCUAUUCUGCAAACCCUGACGACCCUCAACCAGCUAGCCUGUGA